AAAAACCUUGAGGCUUGAAAGCCGCAGACCUCAGAAUUCUUUACCUUUAUAUUAGUCAGUGACAUCAACAUGGCGGCUGACACAGAACGUUGCCAAGGGUAAACGAAUAAAGAAACGCGCGUGACGCGAGCUCGAGCUGCGUUUAAGCGCUCGCGUUCGAACGCACGCGACGCCCGUUCUGCCGUUCUCUGAUUGGUCGCUGCGAUGUCAGCUCGCGCUCUGUCACAUAAGUGUGAGCAGUGGCAGAGUUGAAACCUCACCGUGGAAGAUGCUGCGCUCACGCGCUCAAGUCCCGUUGCUCGCGCGCGAGGAAAAUAACUGACGCCCAACGGCUUUCUGAGGCGUUUUUCCUCAAGAAAAGUCACGGAAACUUUUUUCCGCUUGUUAUUUUUUGGACUUUAAUAAACGUUGUAACACAAAACCCCUCUUCACCGGUCAUGGAUGCCGUAGGAUUUGUGAUGUUUGUGUCAAGUCUGAGCUUAUUUCUCUCUACAAGCAGUGCACACCAGAUGUGUGACGUGGUAAACGAAAUUGAGGUGGAGAAGGAGCGAUGUGAAAACAGAACUGCUGGGAAUAUAACAUCAGGCUGCAAAGGAAUGUGGGACAUGAUCGCCUGCUGGCCGUCAGCCAAAGUCGGAGAGCUGGUGGUAAUUCAGUGUCCGAAUUACUUCAGGUACUUCAACGAGCACCACAGUGGAGGUAAUCUCUCCAAGACUUGCACAGCAGAAGGCUGGACUGAGGUGCAUCCCAUAAUGAUCGCUGUGAAUUGUGGUUAUAAUCUCAACAGCACCGUCGAUGAUGAUCAUUUCCUCCGGUCAGUUAAGAUUGGUUACACCAUCGGAUACAGCGUUUCACUCAUCUCUCUGACCACGGCCAUAAUCAUACUGUGCAUCUUCAGGAAACUUCAUUGCACGAGGAAUUAUAUUCACAUGCACCUGUUUCUGGCCUUCAUCUUGAAAGCCAUCUCUGUAUUCAUUAAAGAUGUUGUCCUCUAUGAAGUCAUUCAGGAAUCAGAAAACUGCUCCAUCGGCACUGUCGGCUGCAAAGCUGCCAUGAUUUUCUUCCAGUAUUGCAUUAUGGCGAGUUUCUUCUGGCUCCUGGUUGAAGGCUUGUACCUACACGCCCUAUUAGCUGUCUCGUUCUUCUCAGAGAGGAAAUACUUCUGGUGGUACAUCCUGAUUGGCUGGGGAGGGCCACUGAUUUUCAUCACAGCCUGGAGCUUUGCCAAAGCCUAUUUCGAUGAUGUCGGGUGCUGGGAUAUUAUAGAAAAAUUAGACCCGUUCUGGUGGAUCAUCAAAACACCUAUAUUAGCUUCUAUACUGAUGAACUUCAUCCUGUUCAUUUGUAUCAUACGCAUUCUGCGGCAGAAGAUCAACUGCCCCGACAUCGGGAGAAAUGAAUCAAAUCAAUAUUCGAGGCUUGCUAAAUCUACACUGUUGUUGAUUCCACUCUUUGGGAUAAACUUCAUCAUAUUUGCAUUCAUACCGGAACACAUCAAAACGGAGCAGAGGCUGGUGUUCGACCUCAUCCUGGGUUCCUUCCAGGGCUUUGUGGUGGCUGUUCUCUACUGCUUUUUGAAUGGAGAGGUUCAGGCUGAGAUCAAGAGGAAGUGGAGAAGGUGGCAUAUGGAGAGGUUCCUGGGCUCCGACACUAAGUACCAGCACCCGUCUAUGGGCAGCAACGGCAACAACUUUGCCACUCAGAUCUCCAUGCUGACGAGAUGCAGCCCUAAAACUCAGCGAGCCUCCACCUACCAUGAAGACUCGUCCAUCACCAUAUAGCUCAGCAGAGUCACCUGACACAGGACAAUAAUCAUCUGUAGAUCCACUCAUGCUGUGUGUUGUAUGCAUCAGGAUACAAGCGCAAGAUUCUGUGACUUUCCUCUCAAUUCAGAUGGAACGAGGGUACCACAAGCACUACACAUCACAUUCUCUAGAGAUAUGAGCUACAUAUGGCUCAGAGGUAUAAUAACAACAGAAAUUACCCUUUAUAUAAUUCAUGUAUUUUUGCAGCCAUGUUCAUAAAAUCUUUAGUCACAGGUGCAUAAAUCUGCGUAAUUAAUCCUUUAAGUGAUGCCUUUUCAGAGACAUUUUGUGGAUAUGUUUGUUAGGCAGAAACCACAGAACCUUUGGUAAAGUGUUUUAUUUCAUUUUUUAUUAUUUCACUGCAUUGCUCGGUUUUGGAGAGCAAAACAACAUUUUGUGUUAUUUUUUUUUGUUUGUUGUUUUUUCAGAGAAACGAAUGAAAAUGAGAUAAUUGUAUGUAGUAAUGCAGUACAGUAUACUCUACAAUACAACUUUUUACAUUAUUAUUGACCUUUUUCUUUUUUAUUCCCACAUUAUAUGCUGCUUUUGCACAUUUGUUUCCUACCAGGACUAAAUAAUCAUUAAUGAAGAAAAACUCUCCAUCAGAUCAACACUCAUAACCUCACUGCUGCUUCAUCGAUAUAAUCAGACACUUAAGUACGUGGAGUUACUUCUCCACUUCGUUCUCGUGUAAAUGUGUUGUGCUUACGGUAUCCUCUGUGUUGUACAGCAGUGUAUCUCAAAUCUGCUCCAUCAGCUGCACUAAUCUGCACAUUUUUUUGUGUUUCCCUCAGAAAUACAUCUCAGAACUUACUCUUUAUUUAAUUACAUGCCAUAUUUAAUAAUCAUAUUAGGGAACAAACCGUUUCCACACUGAAAUGACACUCAGAUCUCUUCUGUCAACAUUAGCAAAGUGCAUUAUACUAUAUGCACAACAUUAUCUAACACAACACGUUUCAGAUAUAGUGUAUCUCAGACUCAGUGGCAAAAAUGGCUCACCCUAGUGCAUUAUGGGAAUCCCAAGACUAUAUAAGAUUGAAAAGUAAUCAUUAUGGUGCAUUAUGAAGUUAAGCCUAUGCAGAGAUCAUUUAAGAUGGAAAAACUGAUGGAUGACUCGCAUAUGGAAAUAUGGCCAGCUUAAAUGUUAAGGUUAGAGUAAGAAAUAUUAUAUAUUUGGUCAUAAUUAAUUGUAAGGUGAAAUAAACAAAAGGGUUUUUGCAAAAAAGCAAAUAAACUCUUAAAAAUAGGUUUCUUAUUUUUAUCACUACCUCAGGUAAGAACACGCAGCACGUCAGGAAGUUAUUCUCUCUUAGUCCAUUUGUACAUGUUUUUACUCAUUUUUAUUAUACAGAAGUAUCUGUCACUGUGCAACAUCAUUGUGCAAACACAAGUUUUUGGAAAAUGAGCUUUAAGUGUAAUCGCAUCCUGAAGGAGUAAGAUUAUGGUCAUGAUUCGUUUAAGAAUAGACUACAGCCUGGUGUAUGUUAUAAAUGAAUAGACAAUAGGAUUGAUUUCUAGUGUUUGGGACAUAAAAAUUACUUUGUUAAAUCUGUCAAAGGAGGAAACACAAUAAAAUGGGCUUUAGCAGUAAGACAAGAUAACACUGCUGUAUAAACAGGAUUUGGAUUAAACAUGAUUAAUUUACUUAUCGGAGGAAACAGCACUGUCUAGAUCAUAGAGAUUGCAGAAGGCCUUGUUUUCUUUGCUGGGACUUUAUUUUUAUUUUUUUUAUGCGAACAAAUAACGAAAACGAUCCAAAGCGGAUUGUUGACUAUCCAAAAUCUAAAUGGAGAUACACUGUAGAGAGAAAAUGUGACAUUUCCCCCAGACACUUUGCAUAUUUUGUGGAUGAUUUUCCAAACUACACAGUAUUUGUAUAUGAUCUGUGUGUGUGUGUGUGUGUGUGUGUGUGUGUGAGAGAGAGAGAGAGAGAGAGAGAGAGAGAGAGAGAGAGAGAGAGAUUGAGACAGAUAAAAAGAGAAAGAAACAAGUGUAAUGUAUUUGUAAGCUGAAUGCCCUUCUCUGCACUAUCAUUAUCUUCCCCAAUAGACACCAUUCCUUGUCAUACAAACAGAGUCUGUGUUCUUUGCGAUUAUGUUAGCGUUGGUUUAUCACUAAAACCUGUAGCGUGACGGGACGGGAAUGUUUUACAGCUCAACGUCGGAUCCCAUUCAGCGAUAAACGGUUAGCGCAACCUGGAAGUUAACAUCCAAGUAAAACUGGAUCUGACAAAAACAGGUCCAAAUUGGAAUGUUGACUAUAAAUCUACACAGGAUUAGAAUAACCAUAUAUACGUCUGUCUAUGGUACAAUAAACCAUAGAGGUGACAUUGCUGUAUGUUUAAGAUGCUGUAUGUUUAAGACAUCUCACGGCCUAUCCUGUCUGUUGUUAUACAGUAUGUUUCUAGAAAACAGAAGAUAAAGUACAAACCACAUGCUGUACAUAAAGCACACACUAAAAGAACAUUGACUAGCACUGUAUUUGAAGGCUAACUACAUGCAUUAACCCUAAUAACAUCAUCAAGGAAUAAAGCAUGUGUACAUAUGGAAGGCUCGGAUCAGUAGUCAACUUAAUUAAAUUUGAGGACAUAAAACAAUUUUGAACUUGAACCGAACUGACAAGUCAACUGAUCCUAACCUUUUUUUUUGUACGUCUAAUCCAACUAUGCACAUCCUCAAGUCAUUUCAUUACUUUACAAAUAACAUUUUGCUGAUAUACUGUCAAUCAUCUGACAUAAUCCUGAUCUACGAAAUGCAUUAUUCAGUUCUUCAUAAUGUGUCAUUUAGACAAUUCUUUCUUUUUUUUUAUUUUUAAUACACAAUAAAUACUAACGCAAGCCUUGUAUACAUAUGUACCUAUGUAUUAUUAAAUAUCAUUCAGUGCUUAUGGACGUGAUAAGAAAUCCAUAUAUUAUCCAUAUAGCCUUCAAAUAAAGUGUUUAAUGUAUGUAUAAGGUUUGAGUAUCACUUAAAGAACCUGUGUCACCUCUGAGCUCAUCCUUAACACAAUAAUGAAGUUAUUAUAUACUGUGGUAUUGUCUGUGGCUUUGCGGUAGCUUAGUGACUUAUUUGAUGUAAAGUAAAUUAUUUCAGUUAAGGAAAUGUUAGUUCAGGUCACCAAAACUAGCUAAUAUAUAUACUGUAUAUAUAUAUUAUUAAUAUUAUUAUUAGUAGUAGUAUUAUUUUAUUUUUUUUUGUUAUUGUUCUAAAGCCGUUGUGUGAAAGUACAGUAUACAAUAACUGGACUUACAGUUUAAUUUUUCGUACAAUUUGUAAGAAAUGAUUUAAUGAUAAAUUACUGUCCUAAAGUGUUUAUCACUGUUUAAACAACACAGACGACCUCUCAUUCAUUGCCAAGAAGAAUGUAUGCCCUCACAAAGUAUAAUGUGGAUUUUGUCUGUGUCGAGCAUUAGUCUGAUUUAGUUACGAUAUACUUUGUGUACUCGGCCGUGUAAAUUUCGUCGCAAAAAGGCCAAAAAUUGCCAAAAGUUUCCAUCUGUGGUUCUGUACAGGUUUUCAUUAAGAUUAGUAAAAAGUUAUUAAACAGGCUUUUUUUAGUAGUGUACCAUUUAUACACAUAAACAGCAGAAGAACUGAAUACCGUGUGUGUUAGUCUGUGUUUGUGAGUUUUAGUGCAUUAUGCAUGCUGCACAUGCAAUAUCCAGUACACAACACAUCACAGCCACUAUAGUACAAAUUUAUCCAACAAUAUGUGAAGAGUUUGAUUAUUUUUGUACUUUAAUCGUGUGCUCACUUGUAUUGUUGCUGUAUGGAAUUUUUGUACGAUUAAAAGCAAAAUAUUCCACUUCUGUUUUACGGUGUUUACCACUAUACCGUCACCUACUACUUGAAUUAUUGUACUCUGUACUAUUACUACAUGUGCAAUGUGUGUAUUAACUGUAACUAAAAUUACAGUAACAGACCUUAAAAUG